UCUUUCCAAAGGUUCCUUCUUCGUAGUCCUCUUUAUUUUGCAGUUUACGCCAUUCGAGUACCUAUGGUUGAACUUGUACGGAUAGUUCCGCAUUGUUUGAGAUUUGCAUCUUAUUAGACAUUCGAGUGAAUAACAGUGGGGAAGUAAAUAGUAUUUGGAAAUUUGUUAUCGCUGUAUGUGAAAAUGUUCCAAACCGCCUUGUUUCUUCUCUGCUCGGUGGCAGUACUGCUUUCAGGUGCAGAGACUGCUUCUAAUUCUACUAGCUCGAGCAACCCUGUGACCAGCUCUACUGAAACCACAAAUCAACCUACUAAUGCAACUUCCACCUCAACAGUUGCACCAACUCCAGUUCCGCCUACAACAACGGCGGCACCCACUCCUGUGCCACCCACUCCUGUGCCACCCACUCCUGUGCCAACUCCAGAAAUAGGAAAAUGGGUCGUCAAUGAGACUAACGAAACUUGCAUUAUAGUGCAGAUGGCUGUUCAGUUUAAUGUUACAUACAUCACAACCGAUCAGAAGAGUCAUUAUCUAGUACUGGAUCUACCUGUCAAUGAAACUCAAGUCAGAGGCGUAUGCGGUGCUUCAAAAGACAUCGAACAGAAUAUUACACUUUCGUGGCUUACAACUUCCAACAGUACCACUGAAAAUAAUCUGAUACUUCAUUUUAGAAAGAAUAUAACAAAAAAUCAAUAUAGUCUUCACGAUUUGGAAGUAGAUCUUGCACCUGAAAACUUCCCCCACCUUACUAACUCUUCGACGAGGUUUGAACAUAGGAGCGAUCAGUUUACAACUGGACUCGCCAACUCUUACCGUUGUCUGAAGAUCCAAACUUUGAACCUAACAAAAGAAGAUAAUACAACUGUAGGCGAAAUCAAAGUGUCGAACUUACAAUUCCAAGCUUUCCACAGUGGCAAUGCCACCAGUUUUGGCUUUGCUGAGGAUUGUGCCUUCGAUACUCCAGACAUCGUUCCUAUCGCAGUAGGAUGCGCUCUCGCUCUCCUUGUGGUGAUAGUUUUGAUCGCGUACCUUGUGGGGCGUAGGCGCAGCCAAGCUCGUGGUUACCUCAGCAUGUAAUCAAGGAGAUACUUGAACUCGAUACAAAAAAAAUAAUUUUAUUAUUAGCAUUAUCACAGUACAUAACUAUGUAUAAUUAUUGAUUACGGAAAGGUGUUACCUUGGUAAUAUUUCUCAUAUAUCUUUCCGUUGGCAUAUUUAUAUCAGCAAGAUGUAAAUGUUGAUUUAAGCUUUUGUGUUCUACACAGUUGUGUUUCUCAACGAUUUUCAUCCAGUUUUUGCAUUGGUUAGCAAUUUGACGUAGGGGGAUAUAGAUUAUCUACAUAUAUAUGUAAACAACAUGAAAAAAACAGCUUCAUGAAUUUGUAGUACUCAACAGAUUUGAAAAGUUAUAUAAUGUGAUUCUUGGAAUGAAAAUGUGGUACGAUAUAUUUCAGAUAAAUUUUAUUUAAUAAAAUAUCAAUGAAACAACAUUCAAGCGACUGGAGUAAUAAUUAUAUUAGUUACGCUAAAUCAUUAUAAUAAUACAAUAAAUUUAUUGUUUGAAUACGAGUCUGUGAUUCGUAAUGUUUCAUCCUAAGACUGAGAAAAAAGAAUUUAUCUAGAAUUGAUCGUGGUAUAAAACAUUUGAUACAUAUUACGAUAGAAAAUGUAUAUAUUAUAACGAUAUACCAUUUAUUCGAUUUUUAAUUGAACGUUUAUAGCUGUAUGCCAGUGCUUUCGUACGUGGUAAUAAAAUUACGUAUUGUUUAA